AUGUGCGAAAAGCCAGAACAAACCAUUGACGAAUUUCUAACUGAGCUAAAACUGCGGGAUCAGAAAUGCGACUACGGAGCUCAAGAAAACAGGCUCAUCUGUGAUCGUAUCAUCAUUGGGAUACGAGACGUGGCUUUGCGCGAACGGUUGCUUCGUGAACCAAGUCUUACCUUAGACAAAAUCAUUUCAACCUGUAAAGCAGCUGAAAUCUCAAAAAAAAAACACGUGAAUGAUAUUCAGAAAACUGAAGACGAAGUUAGAGUUGAUGGACUCUAUCGUCAGCCAUCUAGCUUCAGAGCAGCACAACGAAGUUACCGACCAUCCGGACCACAAAAAGACCAAUCCAGCAACCGACAGCAAAUUUCAUGUUCGAGAUGUGGUACUUACCAUGAACCCCGAAACUGCCCAGCUUACGGAAAGCGCUGCCUUUCGUGUGGAAAUUAUGGACAUUUUUUCCGAAUCUGCAACCAGACACAGCAGAAAACCUACGGAUAUCGACGUGUUUCUGCAGAAGAAGAAACUUCCAACUCAUCCAUGAACAAUGACCGCAAUGAAACGAUCCAUUUGGGAGGCAUAACGAUUGGGCCUCUUCCAUCAACCAAAGCAACCAAGUUUGCGCAGACUGGGACAGAGCUGGAGAGGCGGUCAAAGAAAAAAAAGGACAUGCUGGCAUCUCGCCCCGAAGAGGGACAAGGCCUUAUUUCAGAGUUGGUGUUGGCAACGGCAGAAAUGCAGCAAAUGUCUUUGGAGCACGACAGAAAUAUCGAAGCGAGCUUUGGCCGUGAGCAGGCCCUUCAACGCGAGUGCAAGGCAGCUUCGGCUCUCCUGGGGAAGAUGCAAGCGCAGCAAGCAGAAUUUUCUCAUGCCAAGUAUCAGGAGUCUGAAGCAUUGAAAGCCCAGUUAGUUUCUCUAAGUGGGGAUUUGUCAAAGCAGCAGGAGCUUGUAGAUUCCAAGGUGGAGGAAGCGAACACCCUGAAGGAGAAGUUUGAAGCAUCUCAGCUUGAGCUCGAAAGGUUUUCUGCCGAGUACUGCAUCUUGCAGGAUGUCCUUCUUCAAGACUGUGGCGAGGACCUGCCGCUAGUUCGGAAUGAUUCCGAACAACGAGAGUUCAGUGCCUUUCAGUACCUCAAGAAGCUGCUAGACAUCGCAGAACGCAAGAGAAAGGCCCUGGAAAACCAGCUUGCUAAAAAAGAGGAGCAGUUCAAUUUACUUCAGCAAAACUAUCAGUACUUAAAGGACCGGUACCAGUGGCCGUUACAAGAUCUUGGGGCAUUCGUCCGGAGCAUCAUCGAAGCAUUUUUCCGGAGCAUCAUUGAGCACACCAACCAGUCGUCAGAAGCUGCAGUGUCUCUUGAAGCAAGUCAGCUGGAAGACUUGAACCGUAUGCUGGCAGUGAUUCAGGAACGGGUCACAUCCUUGACAGUUAGGAACGAGCUCCUCGCUCAAGAAAGUCAGCAGUGGAAAUCAUCUUGUAAAGAUGCGAGUGAAAAAAUUAGAAGCCUGUGUAAUGAAAGCCACCUCCGGCAGCAGAGACACGAAAAGGUGGCGGAGACUUUGAGAGAGAGAGAGAAUGCUGUUAAGUGUAACAAUUUGUCGCAAGCGGAAGCAGACGGAAGCUCCUUUACCGAGAAGGCAGAAACAGAGUGCGAGAGGUUAGACGAGAAAGUCAGCAGCCUCCUAAAACGCAACGGAAAGCUAGAAAGCGAAGCCGACAUUUUGUGGUCAGAACUUUCCUGCCUGGAGGAGCAAGCUGAGAUGCUCAUCAGUGACAACAAACAUUUUCAACAGCUAGCUGAGAACUUAAAGCAGGCACGACAAUGCCUCGAGGAGGAGUUGAAGACUCAGCGCGAGCAGCACGUCAAGGCCACCAAGGAGAUGGAGAAAGAGCACUGCACUGCGCUGGACGAAGCGGCCAAGUGUGAGGCAGCACUAUCAGCGCUGAAGACAGACCACUCCCAGCUGUUGGACAAGUAUAACUACAUUGUAUACAGACACAGGAACCUGCAGGAAGAGUUUCACGCGGCAGCCCAAGUGAAACGCAGUUGGGAGGACAGCUGCGCUCAGCUCACAAAAGAGUGGGCAACAGCCAGACGAGAUAUCGCAGUCUUCGCGGAGCAGCAGGGCGCCGUGGGACAAAAGACUAUGCAGGAGCUGCAAGAGCUGUGGCAAGCAAAUCAGCAGUUGCAAGAACGCUUUCGCCUGCUCAACGACAAGCAUCUCAAGGCUGAAGAACGGUUGGUACAGGCGCCAAACCAAAAAGUGGAGGCCUCGAUGGAACAUGUCACCGAGGGCACAGGGGGUACAGCGAGAACUUUGGAGGCACCAGCAAGCCGAGUCGAAAUAUAG